AUGUCAGUCGUCACCGCCACAAAUGACGACGUCCCGGAUCGCGGUCCGGCGGUCUUCGCCGUGACAACGGCAACGUUCGUCUUGGCUAGUGUUAUGGUUGCCGCCCGCCUAUUCUGUAGGCGCUUCAUUGUCAGAAAUGUUAGCUGGGACGACAAGACCAUGUUUUUGGCCUGGCUAAUUGGAUUCGGCCUGUCAUUCACCAUUUGCUUCGGCACGACAAGAGGACUUGGUCGUUACGAUGCAGAUAUUUCCAAGGAUCACUGGAAAUCCUUACGAGCGUGCGAAUAUGUCUUUUCAAUACUUUAUAAUCCCGCCCUCAUGGCCACGAAAACGAGUGUCCUAAUAUUUUACCUGCGCCUCUCCAAAAACACCCAAAAAGUCCUUCGAUUUGCCUCAUGGGUUACCCUAGGCAUUGUCAACUUGGCCGGUACUGUGCUCACACUUAUCAACAUCUUCCAAUGUAGGCCCGUCCAGGCAGCUUGGGAGGUUGGAAGGGAACCGUCACAGUGCAUCCCGCUUCUGACCGAAUUCAUCUGCUCCGCGCCCAUCAACAUUGUCACCGAUUUGGCCAUCCUGGCCCUUCCGAUCCCCGUUCUGACCGGAAUGAGAUUGCCUCCAAGGCAAAAGAUUAUCCUCGUCCUCACCUUCACCCUCGGUAUCUUCGUCACUAUUGUCGACGUUGUCCGCAUCUAUUACCUCCAGCAGGCCGUUACCUCGAUCCCGACCAGUGUUUCGACAAACCCGAAUUUUCACUUUGGCGGUACUCCCAACUUUGCCUGGAACUCAUCCCUGUCCUUCAUGUGGUCGGCUGUGGAGGUCAACGUGGGAAUGUCUUGCGCGUGUAUCCCGACCUUGAAGCCUCUCAUCAUCAAGAUUCUUCCUGCCAUGAUCAUCGACCCUGAUGGCACGCGCUCAAGCACCCAGACCGAGAAAGACAUUAUGGACAGCCCCAGGAACCGCACAGGUAGCGACGGUCUUGUCUCUCCGACUGCCAACCCCAACCGUGGUAGCGUGAGCAUCCAACAACCACUUCCAGCGGCCCGUGUUAGUCGCGAUUUCAGCACGGCAGCGAACACGGAUGAAAAUGGCAUGACUGCACUCGAGUUCCUGACUACGCCUGACAUGACGCUGGAACAGUUCGAAGCAUCCAGCGCUGGCAGGCUGGGUGGGGUGCGGACGAGAACCUCCAUGGCGACGAGCAGAGAAAACACCAUUUACUUCGGUUUUGUCAACAUGAGACGGCCAAAGAGCAUGGUCAAGUGCGAUGCUCAAGAAUCGUUCCGUUACUGUCUUGUGGUCACCAUUUUGUUUCUCAUGUGGGGCAUCUCAUAUGGCUUACUCAAUACUCUAAACAAUGUCAUUUCGAAUGUGUCGCAAAUGUCUGUGGCUCAGACACUUGGUCUCACAACUGCUUACUUCGGAGGCGGCUACUUUCUUGGCCCUCUUGUUGUCGGUGAGUGGAUUCUGAGACGGGACGAGCAUCACCGCAGAAACCGAAAGAACAACAGGCACGGCGCCGAGAGCGUCGGAGGUUUCAAGGUGACAUUCAUCGUGGGACUUUGCUUCUACGGCGUCGGAACUAUCAUCUUCUGGCCAUCCGCCGUCACCAAGUCUUGGGGUGGCUUCUUGCUCAGCAACUUUGUUGUCGGAUUUGGCCUGUCCGUGUUAGAGACGGGAGCCAAUGCUUUCCUGAUCCUUUGCGGGCCGCCAGAGUACGGUGAGACGCGACUCCUUCUCGCCCAGGGCGUGCAAGGUAUUGGAGCCGUCCUCAGCGGCCUGAUGGCCCAAAGAGUCUUCUUCACGAAGAUCACCAACCAGGAUGGCUCUGAAAGCAACUCUACUACAUUACUAAACGUCCAAUGGACCUACCUCGCCAUCACGCUGUUGUGCGUCGCUCUCGGACUGUUCUUUUACUACAUGCCCCUUCCAGAGCUGAACGAUAACGAGCUACAAGAAUCAGCUGAUCGGCUUCCUAUUAACCCCCAAAAGCGCAGCAUUGGGGGGCUGCAACUCCGCACGUGGAGUUUAAUUUUUGCUGUUCUGGCUCAGUGGACUUACGUUGCUUGUCAAGAAUGCAACAACAUAUUCUUCCGUACGCUGGUUAUUGCAAUCCUCCCUAAUCAGGAAGAUGCAGGAUCGGGUGCGACAAACGCCGACACAAAUCCAGGAGAGAACAGCGACAAGCCACCCGGCCUUACGCUUGGGGUAACCGACUAUCACCUCAUUGCUCACAGUGUCUUUGCUGUAUCUCGAUUCAUCGUCGCAUAUCUUACCUACAUGUCGGUACGAAAUCCUCGUAUGCCAAAACCAAGAACAUGGCUGUCCAUCAGCGUGGGCCUGGCCAUCUUUUUUGCGAUUCUCACGGUUGUCUUGAAGCCGGAGAAUCCUAAUCUGCUUUUGAUCCCGGUGAUCCUUUUCUAUUUUGCCGAAGGACCCGUCUGGCCACUGAUCUUUGCAAUUGGUCUGCGAGGUCAAGGCCGGCGCACUAAGCGUGCAGCCGCCUUCAUCACCAUGGGAGGCUCCGGCGCAGCCUUCUUCCCGUAUGUUAUGUACGCCAUCAUUAACCAUGGCGCUACGGUACAAAUUGCGUUCGUCCUCAUUGUCGCCCUCUUUGUGCUCACAUCCUUCUACCCCAUCUGGCUCGCGUCUCUGAAAGACGCGAGGGCGAUGACGGAUCCCGCACACUCGGUGAUCACACCCGAGGAGCGCCUAGCUCACGAGGAGGAGAUCGACAUGAACCGUGAAGUACGGAGACGGCGCCGAACCCUUUCCACUAUUGUAGCCAAAGGCAAGCGAGGCAGCAUAUUGAGCAAACUAUCCCACAUGGGCCGGACGAACGGAGAAAGCGUCACACCCCCGGCAGUGGAACAUUCUGAAGAGAAGAAUGGGUCCAAUAAGUCGUCCGAGGCGAGCAGUGGCCCACGGUCCCAGACCGUAUGA